UGAACUCAAACACAGUGGUGUCAAGCACACAUCGCAAUAGCUAUGGUUCAGCGGCACCUUGUCCCGUGGAUUCAGAACCCACACUCACCAAACACCUCAUCAAGUGGAUCAACUGGACCUUCAAGACCUGAACAACAAGCAGCCCCUGUGAUGUCCAGCAAGAAGUCAGAAGGACCUUAUCCCUGGUUUCUGGGCUUAACAGUAAUCCUUUGCUGUCUGUUACUCACCGCCUGUAUAGUGCUAGGGGUCCUGUAUGACAGAGAGUCAAAGAACAGCCACAACUCAGAAAUGGAAGGUCUGCUGUCCAACUACCAGAAUGUGAGCAGCCUGUACCAAAGAGCUGCUGAGGCCAACGCCCAACUACAGAGAGAGAACAUUAACCUGACCCAACGCAAUACCUGGCUGGUGGGUCAGAAUGAAGGUCUUACCCACAACAACACGCAGCUCAUGGACCAAAAUGGCAACCUCACACUAGAAAACGCCCAGCUACGGCAAGAGAUCUGGAACCUGACCUGUGCCAACCAUCGACUGUGCAACGAGACCUCCAACAUCACAGAGUGCAAAGCAGAGGUAGAGGGAGAGAACCUGAAUACAUCCCACGCUAUGGAUCUGCUGGAGAGACAGAACAGGAACCUAACAGAACUGAAUGCAGGACUGGAGAGGGAGAACCGGAACCUGUCUAAUGCAAACAAUCUUCUGAAGGGGAAGGUUGACAGAUUAACUGAGGACAACGCUCAAGGACACAUGGAGAACCAGCAACUUCUGAAACAGAACAGCUGGCUUGAGGAAGAGAACCACAACCUCACCCAGAGAAAUGUGUGGCUACAUCAAGAGAAUCAGAACCUUUCUGAUGCCAACAGUCUUCUGAGGGAUUGGUGCAAGAGAGCAGAAGAAAACAGUACACAGCUUCAGAAGGAGAACCAGGGGGUGCUGGAUCAAAACAGCUUGCUGAGGAACCAGAACCAGAUUCUGACCCACCAGAGGGAAAUGCUGGUGGCAGAGAUACAGGAUCUUACGAACAUUAAUGCCAGACUGCGGACGGAGAUGGUGAAGCUGAUGGAUCGGCUUCAGCAGCUGCUCCAGAAGUAUGUGUCUCUGGAUCAGUACUGUCCCAUGGUGAAUCAGGAGACUCAAGAACGUCUUUGUAAGAAGUGUGAGAGCCGCUGGAUAGCUUUCCAGUCCAAGUGUUACUUCUUUUCUACUGACACCAAGAGCUGGAAUGAAAGCUGGAACCAGUGUAAAUCUGAAGGGGCAGAUUUACUCAUUGUCAACAGUGUGGAGGAGCAGAAGUUUGCCUUCAGGACAAGUCAGGCUGUCAAUCAAGGGGGCACCCGGGUUUGGAUUGGACUGACAGAUGAACAGAAAGAAGGGGAGUGGCACUGGGUGGAUGGCAGUCUGGUCACUGAUGAUUUACAAUUCUGGCAUACAAGGACUAACGGAGCAAAUGAACCAGAUGAUUGGAAAGGUACCAACCCACUAGGUGAAGAUUGUGGGCAUCUAGACACUAUUUGGCAGGAGCUAACAUCCUGGAUGGAUGGAUCAUGUGAUGAAGCAUACAGAUGGAUCUGUGAAAAAAGUGUGUAGACACACAUUGUCCCAUAGUGGUAAGCAGCAGGUUGAUUAUAACGGUUGGACACUGUUCCUGUGAGCAAGGUACUUGCAAACAGUAAAAACCUAUGUACAUUAAUGUAAGUAUUUCAUUUGCUGUGGAUAAGAACAUCUGCUGAGCCUAUGUGGUAUAGUGAAUUUUCUACUCAUCAAAUUAGUUAACUGUUUUCCCUUAAAGUCUGACAAUAACAACUGCACGAGGGAAAGCAUUUUUCAGUUAUACUACAUUGUGUGACAAUGUGACAAAGUAAAAAAAUGAUGUACUUAUUAUAUGACAUAUUAUAAACACUUAAAAUGAAGCAAAUGUCACUCAGAAGCUGCAAAACGUCACUAUUUUAUGUCUUAUGUGAACAUAAACAAGCUACUUAAUGUGGUUGUCUUGCAUGCUCAUAAUGAUGUAUUUAUGUGGACAAUGUGCUAUGUCUUCACAAGCACUGUAGAGGGAGUGUGGGGCAUUUGCUAUAAUGUUGUUGGAACCAGUUUCAAUCAUGUACAUAAUAUAAAGUAUAUGUGGGGCUUGCAUCUUUUAUUUGGACAGAAAAUAAAUAAAAAGUGGAUACCAUUUGCACUUGUUUUUUUCUUGCCAGACCUAAUGACCAUUAUGUCCAGAUUACACUGUCAUUUAGCAGUCACUCUUAUCCAGAAUGUCUUAAAAAGUGCAUUUAAUAAAGUGGCGAGAAAAGCUCUACA